UCUCUCUCUCUCUCUCUCGCUCCCUCCCUCCCUUCCUCUCUCUCCCACACGGACGCGGCAUACCUCCUCUUCACCAGCCACCGUGCGUGCUGGGACUGACGCGAGUACCCGCAUACAGAGUGCGGAGUGUCGUUGCGCGCAUCCUCGGUUAAUUUUUCUCCAGAUAGCCUAGCCUGCACUUGUCCCCUUCCUGACGCAUAAAAGAAGAGUGGCUUUGGAUCUGUCUUUCAUUAACCUAUGUGCAAGAGCUCUCUCUUCCUCGGUGUUACUCUCAUCUCUACGGGAAACUAGAGACAAUUUCGGAAUGGUACCUCUCCGUGGUAAUGCCAUGUGACAGGGCUUUUCAUCAUCUGGCAUCUCUUUCUCGUCCAACAAAAGUCGCUAUGAUCGUCCGUGUGUUCUGGCGUUGUUGAUAUUCAAAGAGGAGCCAAGUGAAGGAAAAAUAAAAAGCUCCUCCUGAAAAUGGAAGUUUUGGCCGUUGGCUUGGUCCGCUGAGGCUGCUGCUGCUGCUGCUGGUGGUGGUGGUUUGGUGAUUGGUGCAGGAGGGGGGGGGGGAACUGCGUCGCCAGGACUGAAAGGCUGGGAAUCACGGGUCAUUGUAACAGAACCUGCUUUUCAAGACAACUGGGUUUUCCUUCACUUCAUCGAAUGGUUUUAUUGCUUUAAAUGAGCGGCCACAUCCUCCAGCCACUCAGUUCGCCUUAACGCGGCGGAUGCGGUUUGUUUUCUCUGCGGCUCAGCGUCUCUCCGCUCGCCCAGAAUAUGAUUUAAUAUUGGGAGGAAUUUCAACAGGGUACCAGUCUGUGACUACCCAGGAAUCUCUACUUAUUUUCCUCUUCAGACAAGCAUCACAGUCCAACGUCAGGAGAAGCACAUCUCAAGGCACACAGUACAGGGAAUUUCCUUUACCGCCCUACAGAUGGACUAAAAAAAGAUAAAGAAGCUCCGAUUCUCGGGAUUGUAACUCUCAUUGAGAGAGCUGUGGUUUUCUCUGCUUCUGGGGGGAAAUUUAUCUGGACAACAUGAAAGUUAUCUCGGCCAUGUUGCUCAUUGCCAUUUUUUGGAGCCAGCAGUGGAAGUCGGCGCUCUCGGAUUCAAUCAUCCACAUCGGGGCCAUCUUUGACGAAUCAGCAAGGAAAGAUGAUGAGGUGUUUCGCCUUGCUGUGGCAGAUCUCAAUUUGAACAAUGAGAUCUUAGAGACGGAGAAGAUUACCAUCUCUGUGGAAUUCGUGGAUGGGAACAACCCCUUCCAGGCUGUGCAAGAAGCCUGUGAGCUGAUGAACCGUGGUAUCCUGGCUCUGGUCAGUUCAAUCGGCUGCAUGUCAGCGGGCAGCCUUCAGACUCUGGCCGAUGCCAUGCACAUCCCCCAUCUCUUUAUCCAGCGCUCCACAGCGGGAACACCCCGGUCCGCCUGCCCGCCAACCAGUCGCCUCCCUGGAGCCGAUGACUACACCCUAAUGGUCCGCCCACCCGUCUAUCUCAAUGAGGUCAUCAUGCAAGUGGUAUCUGAGUACAGCUGGCAGAAGUUCAUCCUCUUCUAUGAUUCUGAUUUUGAUAUCCGGGGCAUUGAAGAUUUCCUGGACCGGACCUCUCAGCAGGGAAUGGACGUAUCUCUUCAGAAGGUGGAAUCUAAUAUCAACAUGAUGAUCACAAGUCUGUUCAGAACAAUGCGAGUGGAAGAGCUGCAUCGCUACAGGGAUACACUACGCAGGGCCGUGCUGUUCAUGAGCCCAGCCACCGCCAAGGCUUUUAUUACUGAGGUGGUAGAGACCAACCUGGUGGCCUUCGAUUGUCACUGGAUCCUGAUUAAUGAGGAGAUCUCCGACUACGACCUGCAGGAGUUGGUUAUGAAGUCAAUUGGUCGGUUGACACUGGUGCGCCAGACAUUCCCCAUGCCCCAGAACACAACUCAGCGCUGUGUGAAACACAACCACAGGAUUAACACUUCCCUCUGUGACCCUAAAAACCCCAAGGCUCAGCAGCUAGAGAUCACCAACCGCUACAUUUAUGAUACUGUGUUGCUGCUGGCCAAUACCUUCCACAGAAAGUUGGAGGACAGGAAGUGGCACAGCAUGGCCAGUUUGAGCUGCAUCAGGAAGAACUCCAAACCGUGGCAGGGAGGCAAGAGCAUGCUGGAUACUGUCAAGAAGUUUGGAGUGAGCGGACUCACCAGUUUUCUGGAGUUCACUGACAAUGGGACUAACCCCAACAUCUUCUUUGAAAUCUUGGGAACAAAUUAUGGAGAAGACAGGGGACGAGGAGUCAGUAGGCUGGCAACAUGGGACCCAAUCCAUGGCUUGAACGGCACACUGACAGACAGGAAAUUGGAAAAUAACAUGAGAGGUGUGGUUCUACGAGUUGUCACUGUUCUGGAGGAGCCGUUUGUUAUGGUGUCAGAGAACGUUCUGGGAAAACCAAAGAAGUACCAGGGUUAUUCCAUUGACGUCCUGGAUGCCCUGUCCAACUAUUUGGGCUUUAAGUAUGAAAUCUACGUUGCACCGGACCACAAAUACGGCAGCUUGCAACCUGACGGCCAGUGGAACGGACUGAUUGGCGAAUUGGUCUUCAAGCGAGCCGAUGUUGGACUUUCUGCCCUGACCAUCACGCCUGAGCGAGAGAGUGUUGUAGACUUCACCACACGCUACAUGGAUUAUUCUGUGGGUGUUCUGCUGCGCAAAGCUGAACGCACUGUGGACAUGUUUGCCUGCCUGGCGCCCUUCGACCUGUCACUGUGGGCGUGCAUCGCGGGAACUGUUCUCCUCAUUGGCAUCCUGGUGUACUUGCUCAACUGGCUCAACCCACCCCGGCUACCCAUGGGAUCUGUGUCUUCUACAACACUGUACAAUUCCAUGUGGUUUGUGUACGGCUCCUUUGUACAACAAGGUGGGGAGGUGCCCUAUACCACACUCGCUACGAGGAUGAUGAUGGGCUUUUGGUGGAUGUUUGCCCUCAUUGUGAUUUCUUCAUAUACUGCCAAUCUAGCAGCCUUCCUCACCAUCACUCGCAUAGAGAACUCCAUACAGUCUCUUCAGGACUUAUCCAAGCAGACAGAGUUGCCUUAUGGUACAGUGUUGGACUCUGCAGUAUAUGAUCAGGUGCGCUCCAAGGCUAUGAACCCCUUUGAGAGAGAUCCUAUGUACUCCCAAAUGUGGCGCAUGAUCAACCGCACCGGAGGAGGGGAUAAUAACGUUGAGGAGUCAAAGGAAGGAAUUCGCAAGGUGAAGUAUGGUCGUUUUGGCUUUGUGUGGGAUGCGGCAGUGCUGGAGUACGUUGCUAAUAACGAUGAGGACUGCUCGUUCUACACUGUCAGCAACAACGCACCGGACCGUGGAUAUGGUAUCGCUAUGCAGCAUGGCAGCCCCUACAGGGACAUUUUCUCCCAGAGAAUCUUGGAGCUCCAGCAGAACGGGGACAUGGACAUACUGAAACUCAAGUGGUGGCCCAAGGACAGCCCCUGUGACCUCUACAGCUCAGUCCAGACACGGCAGCAUGGCAAUGCCCUGGACAUCCACAGCUUUGCGGGUGUUUUCUGCGUCCUAGCUGCUGGCGUGGUGCUCUCCUGCCUCAUUGCCAUGGUGGAAAGCUGGUGGUCACGGAGGAAGGGAUCCAGGGUCCCCUCCAAGGAGGACGAUAAGGAGAUCGACCUGGAGCACCUACACCGCCGGGUUAACAGCUUGUGCACCGAGGAUGAAAGCCCCCACAAGCAGUUCUCCACCUCUUCCGUCGAUUUAACACCCCUUGACAUGGAUGCCCUCCCUGCCGCACGUCAGGCACUUGAGCAGAUCAGUGAUUUCCGCAACACCCACAUCACCACCACCACCUUCAUCCCUGAGCAGAUCCAGACCCUCAGCCGCAGCCUCUCUGCAAAAGCCGCUGCAGGAUUUUCCGCUGGUUUUGGUAGUGGAGGCGGCGGCGUGCUCCAAGACCAUCGGACUGGCGGGGUGGGCCCUUUCAGGCAGAGGGCCCCAAACGGUGGUUUCUUCCGCAGCCCAAUUAAAACAAUGUCCUCCAUCCCCUACCAGCCUACAGGUCCAGGACCCAACUUUGGAUAUGGCAAUGAUCCAGACAGGGGCACUUCUAUAUGAGGUGAUGUUAAGGAUAUGGUGGGUUUGGGAGAAAGAGAAUAAGGUAGAGAAGAGAAGGUGGAGGUCAGGUGGUGAGGGUUGGUCAUGGAAUGGUAAAACAAAUAUAUUACGGCUCAGUUAAAAAGUGAGAAGAUAGAGAUUCGUGUACAUAGUAAUCUUUAUGUUUUGAGUUUCUGCUUGGUUGUUUCCAGGGGUGUCCAUUUUGUAUGUGGAGAAGACGAAGGAGGUGGAGGUUUGUAAGGGGUUCCUUAUCCUCCUGAAAACCAUGCUGGUGAGGUGCAUAAAGGGAAGGGGGCAUAGGGGGCCUUGAAUCUUUGCUUUAUUGUUGUUGUUGUUGUUGUGAUUGUUUGGGGGAUUAUUUUGGGGGAUAUGUGUGAAAGGGGAUCUCUUUUAAUUGUUUCUGUUUUAUGAUAUGAGGACUGCUCAUAUAAUGGAGAUCUACUAAAAAUUAUCUGACUAUUAUUAUCUAAACCCCACCGCCAAGGGUUUAGUUUCUAGUACUCUAACCACAGGAAGCCCUUCUUUAUUCCUGUGAGUGCCAGGGCUGCCAUUGGUGGAUGACUCAUGGUGUCUUUAGCCAUCAAACAACUCCGAGGGGCUCACGGUACCAAGCAACUAUAGGGCAGUUAUUUUGUGAAGGCAUAUAUAACAGUAGUUUUGUCUGUAGCCCUUGGAAUACAUACAGCAGCCCCUUGUAGUGUUGAAAAGGUCCCGUCUCAGUGGAUACUGAAACUUUCCACUUCUCCAGUGUUGCUUUGCCUUUUCACUAUGUGGGAGUCCAUACUGAGUUUUCAUUUCUCUGGUGUUGUUUCACCAAUAUCUGGGGUUCUAAACGUGCAAUCAUCUCCUCACAGUGUCCACGCGGUGGCCUGACUAGACCUAAGACUUUACAGCUGAACACCUGCUGACACCGUCACGGUGCAUCGGUCUUGAAACUGCUGAAAUGCCAUGACAGUGCAACAACAACACUGUAGAAUCACCAGUUUGGUGUGUCGAUCUAAAACUAUUUCUGCCAUUUUGGUGCAUCAGUCUGAAACUGUUUUCACCAUUUUGAUGCACAUUAAAGACUCUUUGUCGAUCCCACUGCACUGUACCAGUGCCCACAGACCUGUAAGUGAUUGUAUGUAGAUCUGAACUUUUCUUUUCUCACCAGUACUGUGCUAUCUGCUUUUAAAGUCAAGGUGAGAUCCUCUAAUGAGACUCUCAGAGGGAUAGUAAAAAGGGAUGAUAGAAAAAAAAAAUAUAAGAAAAAAAAAACAUAAAAGACAAGCCGAAAGACUUCAAAAAGCUUAUGCUUAUUAUAUGUCUUUUAUUGAAUUUUGUUUUUGAAAAAAAUAGAUUUUAAUGCGUGGAAUGUGUUUUGGUCAGGAAGUUCAAAAAAUAACAUUGUUCUGAGCUGUCUACUUGUUUUUUUCUCUCAACAAACUUUUAAACAAACUGCUAAAUGAGUGCUGUCGUCUCUGGUUUUGCAUCAUGAAGUCAUUCAAACUUUUACUUUGGAUUUGUUUUUUUUCUUUGUUUUGUUUAAUUUAGUGCUGCCAUGACCCAGAUGUUUAAAAGAUAAAAGCUCAUUCUGUAAGGUCAGUUCAUUAAUCACUUCUUAUCGGGUUCUAGUGGUGAAAUGGAGUUAAUUUUGUGUUGAGGAGAAGCCAUUGCAACAGCAUCUUCAGUACAGGCCUUAUAUGUCAACUAGCUAGCUGUACCCUCCCAAUGUCCAGUCAAACCCAAGCUAACGCCAUCUACUGGAAACAUUUUAGAGCAGCAAAUCAGUGGUUUUGCUUCAGGGUCAUUGGAAUGUCAUGAAGAGUCAACAGCCAUCGGAAUCCCAAUGGCUACCUUUUAUGAGAUGAGUCCGAAAUAUACUUCUAUUUCAUAUCUGUAAUGUUAAGGGUACUGUUUAUAUAACUUGUUUUUUUAAAGUGCCAAUUAAUUACAAUGAGACCAUUAAGGUGCAUUUUGGGGUGGGGAAGUGGGACGGUACAUUAAGAGCAUUAAAGGAACAUUUUGUGGAUCAGGGAGUGGGGUGGUAAAAUGGAACCAAAUCUUUUUCACUAACACUGUAUUAAUAAUUGAUAACGUUAGUUGUUUAGAACAAGUUUUCAGUUUGGUAUCUUUAAGAACUAAAAACUGCAAAAUGUUGUGCGUAGAGAAUUCAGUCAAGCCACAGUGUUUUGAGGCAAGCAUUCAUAGGCAUUCUUUUCUUAUAUUAGGCUACAGUAUGGCUAUUGAAUGACAAAUAGGACACAGACAUUUAAAAGGUUUUAUUUAGUAUAAAUGAAAGAGACAUUAUAAAAAUGUAUAUUUUACAUGUUGAUGCUAUUUUUGUUUAACAAAAGAGAAGAGUAUAUCAUGACAAGCUUUAGUGUUGAGUUUAGCAGUCACAUUACUGCAUUUGGUUUUCCCUUGUUAUGCCCAUGGUCAACAUAAACAUAAACACAAACUCUGCUUUUCUCACCUCAUCCUGAAUUCAUUUUAUUAUUUGCUGGCUAAAUAACAAAAAGUGGCAAGUUGAUUAAAAAGAACGCAUGCAUAAACUUGCUCUUGCGCUAUCUGUUAACAUUUUUAAUUUCAUACAUAGAACUACAGGAUUUACUUGAUAAUUUUCAAAAAUUUAUGAUGUACAGUAUUUAAUAUAGGCCUAUUUUGUUGUAUGUGUUGCAUAUUAUUCAAAAAUUGAACAAACUGGGGCCUCUGUUACAAGUGGCAAAGCUUUCUGUGUAUAAUUUGUCUAAUAAACAGGUUUUCUACAG